AUGGGACAUAUUGCGCCUCAGUGCAAAGAAAAAGUAAGCCCAAGAUCAGACACUCAGCAAAAGAGGUAUGUUACUGAUAGCCCAGAGAGAAGGACCAAUAACAAAGGUAAGGCGCUCUCAUGUUUUUAUUCGUUUGGUGGGAUGAGUAAUCGUGAUACGGAAUGGAUUUUAGACUCAGGUGCAUCUGUGCAUAUUGUUAAAGAUAAAUCACUUCUUUAUGACAUCAAAGAUAAGACUCAUAUGGGAAUAUCUACUGUUGAUGGCAACAAUCUCCAGUGUCACCUGGCUGGGAAACUAGAUCUACAUGUAAGUGUAAAUGGUGAAUCAGAUAUGGUUACAGCACACAAUGUUCAUUAUGUGAAAAAUGUGGCAACUAACCUGCUGUCUGUAGGAGAAAUUGUCAAGAAAGGAAAUACAGUCACUUUUGACAUGCUGGGUGCAAGAGUAAUCAGUGAACAGUGA